AUGGGAACUCUGGGAUCAACUGCGACUUGGUAUAAAGCACUGCCUUUAAAAGACUAUCAAGAUCUUGUUCAGAAGGCCGUUCCUGAAAAGGUCAAUGGAUGUCCAGAAGAUCCGAUUAUAGGUGAACCUGGUUUGCAUGUUGCAUGUGGUCCAAAUGUUCGAUUCUUGGGAUGUUUAGAGAAUGGGGAGAAUAACUAUCGAGCCAGCAUUUUGAUAGUAACCAAAGGUGAGGACAAUAAUAUACCCAAGGUGAGCUAUGUUAUUGGUCAGGCGGAAAAGCUGGCUGAAGUUGAGUUGGAGUUAUCUGAAGGACAAUUUCCUGGAAAGAAGAUCUAUGAGGAGACUGGAUUUCUAUUUUUUAGAUAUACUGUGGAAUUGACAUUGAAGGACUAUGAGCAGAAAGUAAAAUAUAGCAUUAAUGGAGAGAAUAGACCGGAUUUUCAGUUCUUCCUACCUUCAGUUGACCAGUCCAUGAAUAUUAUGUCAUAUUCUUGUAAUGGAUUUUCUUUGGGAGCAGAUAUUUCCACUUUUAAAGGAUCGCUUUGGUUGGAUGUCUUGAGAAGACACAGCGAGUCCCAUUACCAUGUCAUGCUUGGAGGAGGAGAUCAAAUUUAUUGUGAUUCCAUUAAGCUUGUUAGUACAAAGUUCCAGGAUUGGCUAAAGCAUAAGCAUAUUCAUUCUUCUUGGAAAAUGACUUCUGAGAUCAGACAGUCUCUUGAUAGUUAUUACUUAAACCAUUAUAUGGAGUGGUUUGGCAAGGGUUAUAUGAAGAUCACCAAUGGUUCAACACUACAGGUUUUAUUCCCGGUAGCUCUUCAUCAGAUACCGCAGAUUAAUUUGUAUGAUGAUCAUGAUAUAAUUGAUGGAUUUGGAUCUUACAGGGACUCUACAAUGUCUCAGGAGAUGUUUUUAGGUGUUGGAAACUCUGCUUUUAAGUAUUAUAUGCUUUUUCAACAUCAUACACCUCCUAAAGAAGAGUCUAAAUUGGAAAAGUCGUGGAUUGAAGGCUCCAGUGAAGGAGGUCCUUAUAUCAAGUCUAUUUCCAGAUCUGUCUAUGCUCGAUUGGGUAAAGAAAUCGGAUUCUUGGGAUUAGACUGUCGUACAGAACGGACCAAGAAGCAGAUUUGUACUGCUGAGACUUAUAAGAAUGUAUUUGAAAGGCUAGAAAUGGAGAUGAAUGCUGGUAAGGGUCAGAUCAAGCACUUGUUGGUCUUAUUGGGUGUUCCUAUCUGCUAUCCAAGAAUGGUUUGGGCAGAGGCUAUCAUGGAAUCUCCUUUGUUGGCUCCAAUUAAGUGGAUGACUAGGAAAGGAUGGAUUUUGAAAGGUUUAGUGAACGAAUUUGACGGUUCAAUUGAAUUGCUAGAUGAUCUUAAUGAUCAUUGGUGUGCCAGGCAUCAUAAGGCAGAAAGAAAUCAACUUAUGGGCCGGUUAAUGAAGUUUGGAGCAAAUCACGGGGUCAGAAUUACCAUACUAAGUGGAGAUGUUCACCUCUGCUGUCUGUCUCGGUUCCAGUCAAAGUUCCAUAGGUACCACAUCGUGGAAACCACUCGAACCCAUGAGGACAAUGUCAAUGUAGCCACCAAUGCGGCAGAAGAUCCACGGUUGAUUCUCAACUUGAUCUCUUCCGCUAUUGUCAAUACCCCACCACCAAAUGGAAUGGCGGGUUUGUUGAACAGAAGGUCAAAGGUUCACAGGUAUGACACACAAACCGAUGAGGUGAUGGUUCCGUUGUUCAAACACGGUCCUGAGGGUAAUCGAAGAAGUAAUGAGAGGUUUCUCAACCAAAGAAACUAUUCGGACUUGAUAUUAGUGAAAAACUUGUCAGAGAACGAUAAAAAGCCGUUUUCAAAGGUCAAUGAAGGAGAAUUGGUCUAUCCAGGACCGACAGAUAGCAUUGAGAAGAUGAAUAGACAAGACGUUGACUCAACAGACCCUGAGAAAGUGGCUUAUCCGUUCUUUGCAGACAGUUUAGUGGCCACGUUGCACGUUGAAAAGAACAGAGAGAAUACCAGCUCUGAAACUGGUGCCUACCAGAUGCUAGUUCCACCAUUGAAUGGAGAGAAAGUUAUUUAA